AUGGGUUGCGUCCGUAGCAAAGAAGACAAAGGCCCGGCACUAAAGUACCGACCAGAUAACGCCAGCAACACUCCAGUCAAUACCCACCUGGGCCACUAUGGUCCGGAGCCCACGCUAAUGGGCCACUCACCGGCAGCGAAGACACUCAACAACAGCUACAACAGUCACGCCUCUGCGCUCACACCUUUUGGCGGCGCGUCGUCAGCCAUGGCACCUUUUGGAGGAGCCUCCACCUCCUUCACUUCUGUGGCUGUGAGCAGUCCCUUUCCUGGUGUCGUCACAGGUGGCGUAACAUUCUUCGUGGCGCUCUAUGACUAUGAAGCCAGGACGUCAGACGAUCUGUCAUUCAAAAAAGGCGAUCGCUUUCAAAUUAUCAACAACACGGAAGGCGACUGGUGGGAGGCUCGUUCUAUUAACACGGGACAGAAGGGUUACAUCCCCAGCAACUACGUGGCCCCUGCUGACUCCAUACAAGCUGAAGAGUGGUAUUUUGGCAAAAUGGGACGCAAAGAUGCCGAGCGGCUUUUAUUACUUCCGGGUAACCAGCGAGGUACUUUCUUGGCACGAGAGAGUGAGACAACGAAGGGUGCCUAUUCUCUAUCUAUCCGCGACUGGGAUGAAGUCAAGGGGGACAAUGUGAAACACUACAAAAUCCGAAAGCUGGACAGUGGUGGUUACUACAUUACAACUCGGGCUCAGUUUGAGACGCUACAAAAGCUGGUGAAACACUAUACAGAACACGCCGACGGUUUGUGCUACAAGCUGACGACGGUGUGCCCCACCGUGAAGCCACAGACUCAGGGACUUGCCAAGGACGCAUGGGAGAUUCCUCGAGAGUCCCUGCGACUGGAAGUCAAGCUUGGCCAGGGAUGCUUUGGAGAGGUCUGGACGGGCACGUGGAACGGUACUACCAAGGUAGCCAUUAAAACCCUGAAGCCAGGUACGAUGUCCCCAGAGGCGUUUUUGCAGGAGGCCCAGAUUAUGAAGAAACUGCGACACGACAAGCUCGUGCCUCUCUACGCCGUUGUGUCGGAAGAACCCAUUUACAUUGUCACCGAGUUCAUGGGCAAAGGGAGUUUGCUGGACUUCUUAAAGGAGGGAGAUGGCAAAUACUUGAAGCUGCCCCAGCUGGUGGACAUGGCCGCGCAGAUUGCGGAUGGCAUGGCCUUCAUCGAGAGGAUGAACUACAUCCACAGGGACCUGCGAGCCGCCAACAUCCUGGUUGCUGACAACCUGGUGUGCAAGAUUGCCGACUUCGGCCUGGCACGGCUCAUAGAAGACAACGAGUACACGGCCAGACAAGGAGCAAAAUUCCCAAUCAAGUGGACGGCGCCAGAAGCAGCUCUAUACGGCCGCUUUACUAUCAAGUCAGACGUUUGGUCGUUUGGUAUACUACUGACUGAACUGGUCACCAAAGGCAGAGUGCCCUAUCCAGGUAUGGUGAACCGGGAGGUGCUGGAACAGGUGGAGCGUGGCUACCGCAUGCCGUGUCCUCAGGGCUGCCCAGAAUCUCUGCAUGAAAUGAUGCGCCAUUGCUGGAAGAAGGAGCCCGACGAGAGGCCGACCUUCGAGUACAUCCAGUCCUUCCUGGAGGAUUACUUUACGGCUACGGAACCCCAAUACCAGCCGGGGGACAACUUGUAG